AUGCAGCACAUCACCGACUUCAAAUCAAAUCCAAGCCUGUCCAGGCCACCUCCAGCAGCUGACUCAUACCAGCAGGGCUGCAUCGCAAUGACCCUGGAAAACUCUGAUCUCUGGAAGUCCUUUCACAGCAUUGGAACCGAGAUGAUCAUAACAAAGCAUGGGAGGAGAAUGUUUCCACACUGCAGCAUCAGUAUAUCUGGGCUCCAGCCUUUUGCAAAUUAUGUCAUCAUGGUGGACAUGGUUCCAGUAGACAGCUUCAAGUACAAGUGGAAAAAGGAGCAGUGGGAGGUCGCUGGUAAGGCGGAGCCACAGCCUCCAUGUCGGACGUACAUGCACCCAGACUCCCCUGCCCCAGGAAGUCACUGGAUGAAGCAGUCACUGUCUUUUCUCAAAAUGAAACUCACCAACAAUACCUUGGACCAGCAUGGCCAUAUCAUCCUACACUCCAUGCAUCGCUACUACCCCAGGUUUCAUGUUACCCAGGCAGAUAGCCCUUACACUGUCCGCUGGGGCCCAUUUCAGACCUUCUCCUUCCCAGAGAUGACCUUCACUGCAGUGACCGCUUACCAAAACCCAAAGAUCACCAAACUGAAGAUUGACCACAACCCCUUUGCUAAGGGAUUCAGGGAAGGGGGUACACACUCCCACAGUAAGAGGUGUCGUCCAAAUAGAAGCCCUCCUGCAAAAAGAGCCACACUGGACAGAAAAGACCUUUGCAGCAGUCCUCCAAGCCUGCAGAGGAUGCCCUCCACCUCUCAGUCAGAGCAGGCAGAGAAGAAUCAGGCCUUGAAGGGGGGUGACCUUUCAGCCUGGGUUCUGGAGCAGGACCCAUCUGAGAGCCUACACGCUGAGCCCCUGGAGCAGCACGAGUAUGACUACAGCUGUGAAGAACAGAUGGUGCCUGCAUCCAUGGCAUACCAGCCCUACAGAUCCGCUCAGUACACCAGAUUUCCACUGUCUUCCAAUCAUGUAGAUGCAGCGCACCCUCCCGUUCACCCGCCACCUCAUCCACUUGCCACAGCUGAACACAGUGCCCAACAGAACGUUUACUACCACCAUCCCCACCACCACAGUCAUGCAGCUGACUGGAGCCAAUACCCACUCUUUUCUUAUUCCUGUUGGUGAACAUUUAACCUUCGCAAUGGUGAUAUCAUCGACAGAGGAUAACACCAGUAAAGCCUCAAAGGAAUGCUGUUAUUCUGAGUGGAGCAUCAACUGACUGACAGGCCACCCAUGUAGUUUGUUUAAAGUGUAUAAUUGUGUAUAAAGUUUCUAUUGUAUGGGGGGGGGGGUCACUUUAUUUUUUGUCAGUUUCACAGGACAGCAGAUCCCUUCGGAUCACUAUCUGAUGUUCGUGUUGUCCUGUUUUUUUCUGAUGACGUAGAUCAGUUUGCGUUUGCAUGUUUGACUGUUUAACAAGUAUAUUCUAAGAUGCAAUAUAUAUAUAUAUACAUAUUGUGUUGUAUUCAUUCAGCUGGUAAG